ACGAGGUGUGCCAUGGUUUAUGGUUUUAGUAUAAAUAUUGGAUCAGUUAUGGAAGGAUUAUUGCUUACAUACAUUUUGAUUUUCGCUUUUUCCUCAGGAGGCCACUGUUGGGAAUGUCCCAAUAACACACGGGUAUUUACAGAUGUCGGUCAGCGGCCGGUCUUGCCAUUUACAACUGAGGUACUUCACACCAAGGUCAGCGAAAAUGAUGCGUUUGUCGUUGCCACAUAUAACGGAAUUUCUUUAUUAAAAAUCUACUACGUGGACGGCGAUAUGCUUGUUGACAUUCAUUAUACCAGUGGGUUGUCUAUAGUGUCCAGUGCAAACCUGGAGAACGGCUUACUUGACAUUGAGUUGGAUACAGUUCAAACAGAUGUCUCGGGAACAUACAUACUGACGCAUAAUUUUGGCUUUAGAGUUAUACAGUGUGUAACCCUGUAUCUGUUAGGCAGGCCCACGACGCCGACAGUCACUUCUUCAGGCAAUCUCUACGAGGGCACGUCACUAAACCUGUACUGCAGGAGCACAUCUACAACCACACCAUCAAACCACUCAUUGUCCAUGAGAUACAGCUGGACAAGAGAUGGGUCAAGAAUCACAGCCGACAAUAAGUAUUCCUUUGACUCAAACCGGCAGGCAACACUAACCGUAUCCAAAAUUUCAAGGACAGAGGAUAACAAUCGUGUAAUGGGAUGUAUUGCAACAGAGACAGACGGAAAGACAUCAGACGCGACGUUCUUCAGAAUCAACGUUCAAUACGGACCGGAGGAUAUUCGUUUCAACACAUCGGGAAACUCCCUGACCUAUAAGGACGGGGAUGCCUUCACCCCUGUAAGAUGUCUUGCUGACUGUCAACCUGUCUGUAACAUUUCCUGGAGUAGGGGAGACACACUCGUGAGCUCAACAGCCGUUCUAAACCUUGAUGUGCUCAAAUGGAAAGAUGGAAAACGCGACAUCUACAUAUGCACGGCUUCGCACAUGGUGAAGGAUCGAACUUUACAGGAGAAGCUCAAAGUGUCGGUUAUAUUCUGGAAUUCUGUUGGUAUUUACCAUACAUUUCUUUUAAAUAAUGUUGACCAUGAUGGUCCAGAUGAUGUAUUUUUGAGCGUACCCAAUGUUCAUACAGUGACGGAAGGAGAAACAGUCAGUAGAAUAUAUUGCUCAGUCGACUGCUGGCCGGCUUGUGUCUUUACUUGGAUCAACGUAACUAAUGGCGAGCCAAUCAGCAACUCAGAGGCUCUAGCGUUUGGAACGGUGAGUCGUUACGACGCCGGAAUAUACAAGUGCUUGGUUAGGAACUUUGCUGCUUCACAGUUCUCGCGAGAGGCAAGAAACCAGUUCUCCCUUCGUGUUCAAUAUGGCCCAGAUGAUGUAACAUUGAGCGUACCCAAUGUUCAUACAGUGACGGAAGGAGAUACAGUCAGUAGAAUAUAUUGCUCAGUCGACUGCUGGCCGGCUUGUGUCUUUACUUGGAUCAACGUAACUAAUAGCGAGCCAAUCAGCAACUCAGAGACUCUAGCGUUUGGAACGGUGAGUCGUUACGACGCAGGAAUAUACAAGUGCUUGGUCAGGAACUCUGCUGCUCCAAAGUUCUCGCGAGAGGCAGAUCACCAGUUCUCCCUUCGUGUUCAAUGCAAGCCGUCGCCCCCAACAGACCUGACGUUAACCACUUUGGACAACGUCGUUACCUUUCAAUGGAAAAGGGGUUUCAACGGAGGACUGGAACAAACGUUUAGUUUGCAGACAGCGAUUAAUUCAGAUGGUUCUUGGAUGAAUACAACCGAAAUUCUGGAAUCAGAAUCAAAGUAUAUACUGGAAAAUGGAAGAUUUCAAGUGACUUUAACGAACUUAGAUCCAGAAAUAUACCAGGCCAGACUUGUGGCUUUUAACAUAUUAGGAGCUGCUGAACCUGUUGCAUUUAAAGAAUCAUUUCAAAUCAUGGAAUUGAACAAAGAAUUCUCAGCUGACAGAAGCGUCGGUCCAGUUAUUGGGGGCACAGUUGGAGGGAUAGCCGUCGCACUAGUUGUUGUAAUAGUACUCGUUGUUAUUAUAAGACGGAAGUACGCUUGUGACUGCGCCUGCUCAUUUAAGCUUGCUAAAAAGGAAGAUCUCUGUGAGAAUACAAAUGUAGAAAAGAAAAUUGAAACACGAGGAGCUGACAAUCCCGAAUACAACGCAGCCCAGACGUAUGAGGAGGUGUCCAUGAGAUCGGAGCCUGCGGUCUACGAUGAUCUAAGAAAUGGAAACAAUGGUCCGGACAAUAUGCACGUGUACACGUCGUUGGAUGAGUCCAGUUCAAAGUCCAACGUUUACUACGAAAAUGUCAAGAAAGACGAUCCCGUAUACCACAAUGCGAUGCUGAAAAACCCUUAACACCUAGAAGCCGUUACACUUUUCGAAGUGCAUGCUUAAAUAUUUAACAUUCAUAAUUAUGUUAGUGCUAUGCUUAACCUUGCUUAAAGUAAUAUAUAGGAAAAAGUCGGUGUAUCAUUGUGAAUGUAUCACUUAUAGUUUAUGUCGAACGACAUCGCAGGUCUAAUGCGAUGUAUCUUUAAUGUCGUCCGAUUAUGCUUUAGUGAUAUAUUUGUUUAUGUGUAUGUGUAUCCAAAUAACCUCCAUUCUUUUAAAUGUUUCCCUCCCCCACCAAAAAAAGCAAUCGCAAUUACAAAAUGCAACAAAACUGAUACCACAAUGUAUUAGUAUAAUCUAAAUUUAGCGCGCGCAAUGCAAUACGAAAUUUGCAUAUCACGUGACUUUCUGAAUACUUAAAAGUCUAUGUUGUUUUACGCAUCUAAAACACUUAUUUUUUUUCAUUAUUUUAAUCUAUGAUAUCGAAAUUGCAGGGAAAAAAACAGUUAUAGUAUACAAGUAUGUUGGUUUUAGUGAGGUACGAACCCACGCCGGUAGAGUCAAGAAAAAAAUAACCUUAGAAAAACAACUCCUGAUCCACUAGACCACCAGGACUUUCUUAGUUUAACAAGUACUAUUUUGACAGCGCUAUGCUUCGCCCACCUCAUCUUAUCUUCCUCAUUAGCAUAUAGUGAGUCAUCGAUCCAGUUUGGUUUGUUGAUAUUUACCAAGCAUUUCUUUUUUCGAAAGCAUCGUGUGGACUUCGGGAUUUUAUUAGACAUCAUAUGAGACUCUAUAUCAAAGUUAUAUGCGCACUUUUAUUUUUUUCUCUAAUUAAUUAAAGAUGCACUGUUAUUCCCAAAUAAGGUUUAACGCAUU